GCUCAUAUAUCCUACUACAACCUCACAAGACUGGCUGAGAUUAAAAUAGAUUGGGUAGAUUCUAUUGGCGAACACCUAGAAUUUGAUCGAAAGCAGAGGGCUCUCAAACUGUUUCGGUUUCCGUCGUUCUGCGCUUUACUGUGUCGAGGAGACCCCGAGAAAACCUUUCUGUGCCGCGACUUGAUGUUUGCCCCAUCGGCAGAAAACGGCUAUCUCACGUUGCCUAUUCCCUCUUCUGGAACAUUCCUAAGGGAGAUAAUGUCUACAUAUCGACUCUUCUUUGGCCAAGACAAACCAUCUCGACGAGUUUUUAGAAAAGAUUUCGACCGCAUGUCUGCUGAUGAUCAGUGCAAGCUACGUAGUGAUCCCUUACUACUUCAUCUCUGUCAAGAAGAUUGGUCAAAACAGAUGGUGUACGAAGAACUAGACAUUCCCAACGUACGAUCAGUGUACUCUGCCUCUAUCGAUUUUCCUUUUUUUAUGGCUAGACUAGUAAACCUUCAAGAGUAUGUGAUCACUCAGCAGCCCACAGGUUGGACAAGCCUCUGGCGCGACCGAAGGGACCCAGCGCGGUUUUGGGGUCUGUUUGCUGUCAUUCUAUUUGGCGUUGUUAGUAUAGUGCUGGCGCUUGUUCAGAUUGGGUUGGGUGGUGCUCAGGUUGCU